AACAUGUUCCAUUUCCGCUAGCAUGUUGUGUGAUUGCAUCCGGCUACGUGGCGUAUGCGCAAUGUACACAUGCAAUAAUUUGCAGCUAAUAAAAGGGCAGUGCAGGCAGCCACAUCAUCGCAAUUGUCAUCAAAAUGGCCCGUGCUCUUUAUUGUCUCGCACUGAUGCUCUUGAUUGUCAUCCUUGUGGCAGCUGAAGAGGAUGCCAAGAUAACUUUACUUAAGUUCGAAAAGGUCAUGGAGGACGAUGUGGACUUCGAAAGUCAUGUGGAAAUGAUCAAACAGGAUGACGGCACUGCGAUUAUCAAUGGCGAGUUGAAGCAGCACGUCAGUCUGGACAACGAUUGGAAGGUAAACAUCACACUUUAUCAUGCCCACAAACCCGACGAAGAGUACAAGAAAUCUCCAGAAAGGCUGCACACAGGCGUGUGCGAAUUUAUGUCCACCUACUACAAGAAGUUCUUCUACGAGAAGCUAAAGAACUACUCGAAUGCCCCGCAUCCGGAUACCUGUCCCUUGCCUCCAGAGCAUUAUCACCUCAAGGACUACCCCUAUGAGACGCCCAAGAUCAAGAAGAUGAUGCGCAAUGGCUACUAUCGCAUGUUUGGACGCCUGCAGAAGGAAGAACAUGUGAAGAUCGAGUACUUGGUCGAGUUCCUUGUGGAAUAGACGGCAUAUAUUGCUCAGUUCUGCUGUCCUGCUAAUAACGUUUAUUGUGCUCGCAACCAAUAAAUUGAAGACCUAUUCGUAGGUUUUCAUUUGCUUCAAUA